AUGCCCGGGUUCUCUGCUCUGUCCUGUCCAGAAGAAGAUGAUGGGGUGUUGGAUGCUCUGGAGGGCUUUUUCCACAAGGAGCUGGGCGCUCUUCCGAAGAAGAAGAAAGAGAAGCCAAAGAAACUCAAAGAUGGCAAAGUGCCCAAAAACAAGCGGAGAAAAAAAGAGGGCGACCAAGAAGGAGGCCUCUACGAAAAUAAGGCGCAGCUGGCGGAGAAAUCCGACAGCGAAGGGAGCGACUAUGCCCCGAACAACAGCAAGAAGAAGAAACUCAAAGACAAGAAGGAGAAGAACGCCAAGCAGAAAAGGAGGCAGCAAGAAGAGGAGGAGAAUGAAGAUGAAGGCUUGAAGGAACCGAAGACUUCGGCGCAGCUGAUGGAUGAGUGGGGCCUGGAUGAUGUUGACUAUGCUUUUUCGGAGGAUGACUAUCAUAUGUUGACAAAUUACAAGGCGUUUAGCCAGUUUCUAAGGCCGCUGGUGGCCAGGCAGAACCCCAAAAUCCCCAUGUCCAAAAUGAUGACCGUCCUUGGGGCCAAGUGGCGAGAAUUCAGUGCCAACAACCCUUUCAGAGGCAGCUCGGCUGUUGCAGCUGCUGCCGCGGUAGCUGCAGUGGGGGAAAUUGUAGCUGUCGCACCGAACCCGCUUCUGCCCAGCUCACUCGAGGUGCCUCCCACACCUCCUCCACCUACCCUCCGGAAAGCAAAGACAAAAGAAGGCAAAGGUCCCGGUGUGCGGAAGAAGAUCAAGAUGAUCAAAGAUGGCAAGAAAAGGGGGAAAGGGAAGAGAAUGGGGGCCUUGAAAUUCCGCUUCGGGGGGAUCGCCCGGAAGAGGAAAAAAGACUCCUCGAGCGAGGAGGACGAAUGGGAAGGAUCCGAGCUGGAUGGCGCCAGCAUCAAGAGCUCCUCCGUGCGUUCUGAAUCCUCUGCCGGCAAGAGAAGCCGAAGAAAGAAGAAGAAAAAGAGAGUUGAAGAUGGUGAUGGAUACGAAACUGACCACCAAGACUACUGUGAGGUGUGUCAGCAGGGAGGGGAGAUCAUUCUUUGCGACACCUGUCCACGAGCUUAUCACCUAGUCUGUCUGGAUCCGGAGCUGGAGAAGGCGCCGGAAGGCACGUGGAGCUGCCCGCACUGUGAGAAGGAGGGCAUUCAGUGGGAGCCAAAAGAUGAGGUGGAGGAAGAGGAGGAGAUGGGCGAAGAGGAGGAUGACCACAUGGAGUUCUGUCGAGUGUGCAAGGAUGGCGGAGAGCUACUGUGCUGCGACACUUGUCCCUGCUCCUAUCACAUGCACUGCCUUAAUCCUCCUCUGCCAGAAAUCCCCAACGGUGAAUGGUUGUGUCCUCGCUGUACAUGUCCACCAUUAAAAGGGAGAGUUCAGCGCAUCCUUCACUGGAUCUGGCAGGAGCCCCCAGCCCCAUUGGAGGCCACUGUGCCCACGGUGGAUCCCCAGUUGGCAACCCCACCUCCCAAGCCCCUGAGAGGCAUCCCAGAGCGAGAAUUCUUUGUGAAAUGGGCUGGGCUGUCCUACUGGCACUGCUCGUGGGUAAAGGAAUUGCAGCUGGAGCUGUAUCACACUGUGAUGUACCGCAACUACCAAAGGAAGAACGACAUGGACAACCCGCCCGCUUUUGACUACGACUCUGGCGAUGAGGACGGCAAGCUCGAGAAGCGGCGGAGCAAAGACCCCCAGUAUGCCAAGAUGGAGGAGAAGUAUUACCGCUAUGGCAUAAAGCCCGAAUGGAUGAUGAUUCACCGUAUCCUCAACCACAGUUUUGACAAGAAGAGAGAUGUUCAUUACCUGAUCAAGUGGAAGGAUUUGUCCUAUGACCAGAGCACCUGGGAGGUGGACGCCAUCGAUAUACCUUACUACGAGAACUUCAAACAGCUUUAUUGGAGCCACAGAGCAAUGAUGCUGGGAGAAGAGAGUGAGUCGUACUCCAGAAGGUCAACCAAGAGUGAGGAGGAAGAAUCUCACAAGAAAAAACUGGAAGGUCGUUCUGAAACGCCGCAUGUUGAUCCGACAGUAAAAUUUGACAGGCAGCCGUGGUACAUCGACGCAACGGGUGGAACGCUACACCCUUACCAACUGGAAGGGCUCAACUGGCUGCGAUUUUCUUGGGCGCAGGGGACGGACACGAUCUUGGCUGACGAGAUGGGCUUAGGGAAGACUGUCCAGACCAUAGUGUACCUUUAUUCCCUUUACAAAGAGGGCCACUCAAAAGGUCCAUUCCUGGUGAGCGCCCCACUUUCCACCAUCAUCAACUGGGAGCGUGAGUUUGAGAUGUGGGCACCCGACUUCUACGUGGUCACCUACACCGGGGACAAGGAGAGCCGGUCUGUGAUUCGCGAGAACGAGUUCUCCUUUGAGGACAACGCUAUUCGGACUGGGAAAAAAGUUUUCCGGAUGAAGAAAGAAGCCCAGAUCAAAUUCCACGUCUUGCUGACGUCCUACGAACUCAUUACAAUUGACCAGGCUGUUUUGGGAUCCCUCGAGUGGGCCUGUCUGGUGGUUGAUGAAGCCCACCGGCUGAAAAAUAACCAGUCCAAGUUUUUCAGGGUCCUCAACAGCUACAAAAUUGACUACAAGCUGCUGCUGACGGGGACUCCCUUGCAGAACAACUUGGAGGAGCUAUUUCAUCUGCUCAACUUCCUCACACCGGAGAGGUUCAACAACCUGGAAGGAUUUCUGGAAGAGUUUGCUGACAUCUCCAAGGAAGACCAGAUUAAAAAACUCCACGACCUUCUGGGGCCUCACAUGCUACGUCGACUGAAAGCCGACGUGUUCAAAAACAUGCCAGCCAAGACGGAGCUGAUUGUCCGGGUGGAGCUAAGCCAGAUGCAAAAGAAGUACUAUAAAUUAAUCCUGACCAAGAAUUUUGAGGCGUUGAAUUCCAAAGGGGGUGGCAACCAGGUUUCCUUGCUGAACAUCAUGAUGGAUUUGAAGAAAUGUUGCAACCAUCCUUAUCUGUUCCCUGUGGCAGCUGUGGAAGCCCCUGUCUUGCCCAACGGGUCCUACGAUGGCAGCUCGUUGGUGAAAUCUUCAGGGAAGCUCAUGCUGCUGCAGAAGAUGCUGAAGAAGCUGCAUCACGGGGGUCACCGGGUGCUCAUCUUCUCCCAGAUGACAAAAAUGCUUGACUUGCUGGAAGAUUUUUUGGAAUACGAGGGGUACAAGUACGAGCGGAUCGAUGGCGGAAUCACCGGAGGGUUGAGGCAGGAAUCCAUCGACAGAUUUAACGCCCCCGGAGCUCAGCAGUUUUGUUUCCUGCUUUCCACCCGGGCCGGCGGCUUGGGCAUCAACCUGGCGACAGCAGACACGGUCAUUAUUUACGACUCGGAUUGGAACCCCCAUAAUGACAUCCAGGCCUUCAGCCGAGCUCACCGAAUUGGGCAGAACAAGAAAGUGAUGAUCUACCGCUUCGUGACCCGGGCCUCCGUAGAAGAGCGCAUCACCCAGGUGGCCAAGCGGAAGAUGAUGCUGACGCACCUGGUCGUGCGGCCUGGCCUCGGCUCCAAGUCUGGGUCUAUGACCAAGCAAGAACUGGACGACAUCCUGAAGUUCGGCACAGAGGAACUCUUUAAGGAUGACACCGAAGGCAUGACCUCUCAGGCCCAGCGGAUUGGCCUGCCCGAAGCUGUGACCCCAUUCCCAGAUGGUUCACCCUUCAAAGGGGGUGCCGGGACCACCAACCUGAAGAAGAAACAUGGAGGCCCUCCACCAGGAGAUAGCAAAGAUGUCGAGGAUAGCAGUGUGAUCCAUUACGAUGAUGCAGCCAUUUCUAAGCUCUUGGACCGCAACCAAGAUGCCACCGAUGACACGGAGCUGCAGAAUAUGAACGAAUAUCUCAGCUCUUUUAAAGUCGCCCAGUAUGUUGUGAGAGAAGAGGACGGUGUGGAAGAGGUGGAACGUGAAAUCAUCAAGCAGGAGGAGAACGUGGAUCCUGACUAUUGGGAGAAGCUGUUGAGGCACCAUUACGAGCAGCAGCAGGAAGACCUUGCCCGCAACCUUGGCAAGGGGAAGAGAAUCCGGAAGCAGGUCAACUACAAUGAUGCCUCGCAGGAGGAUCAAGAAUGGCAAGAAGAGCUGUCUGAUAACCAGUCGGAGUACUCCAUUGGCUCCGAAGAUGAGGAUGAGGAUUUCGAGGAAAGGCUGGAAGGUGGGCGCAGACCAUCCCGAAGGCAAUUGAGGGGCGACCGGGACAAACCCCUCCCGCCGCUACUGGCGAGAGUCGGUGGCAAUAUUGAGGUGUUGGGUUUUAACGCCCGCCAGCGCAAAGCGUUCCUGAACGCCAUCUUGCGCUGGGGGAUGCCCCCUCAGGAUGCUUUCAAUUCUCACUGGCUCGUGCGGGACCUCCGAGGGAAAAGCGAGAAGGAGUUCAGGGCGUACGUGUCUCUGUUUAUGCGGCACUUGUGCGAACCCGGCGCGGACGGGGCAGAAACGUUUGCCGAUGGCGUGCCCCGCGAGGGCCUUUCCCGCCAGCACGUGCUGACCCGCAUCGGGGUGAUGUCGCUGGUCCGAAAAAAGGUUCAAGAGUUUGAGCCCAUCAACGGGAAGCACAGCCCCCCCGAGCUCUUGACCAGUGGGCUGGACAGCAAGAGGUGCAGCGAGAGGCAGGCGCUGGAUCCAGACGCCCCCGCCCCGGCCAUCCCGGCUCAUGGGCCAGCGGGGCCCACCUCGCAACCAGUGGUUUCAGAGAAAGCAGAGACUCCGUUGGGGGGCUUGGAGGAGAAGCAGCAAGUCGAACAGAAACCAGGGAUGCUGCCAGAGAACCAGGCAGGUGGAGAGAAGACGGAGAACGGCGAGAAAGAGGAAUCAUCUGAGAGUCCAGGAGAGCCAGGCGAGGCAGCCUCGGAAGGGGGUGAGAAGGGGGAGCCCCCCCUGGAGCCACCAAGCAAAGGUGUGGGACCGAGUUGCUCCGAGGUUUAUGAACAGCCAAAGGCUCCCACCGAGGAGACAUCUGAGCAGCAGGAAAAAACGCCCAAAAAGCUAGAAUUUAAUCCCAGCGGAAGCAAACAAUCCAAGCCAGACGGCGCGAAGGCAGAAGAGAAGGCGCAGGAUGAACCUCAGCAGAAUGGCGAGAAAGAGGACCGGGAAGGAACCCGAUUCAUGUUCAACAUUGCGGAUGGAGGAUUCACAGAGCUCCACACCCUUUGGCAGAAUGAAGAGAAGGCUGCGGUUUCCUCUGGAAAGGUUUACGACAUCUGGCACCGCCGGCACGAUUAUUGGCUGCUGGCGGGAAUCGUUACACAUGGUUAUGCCCGUUGGCAAGAUCUCCAGAACGAUCCCCGUUAUGUUAUCCUCAACGAGCCGUUCCGGUCAGAGAUCCACAAGGGCAAUUACCUAGAGAUGAAGAAUAAAUUCCUGGCUCGUCGGUUCAAGUUGCUGGAGCAGGCUUUGGUGAUCGAGGAACAGCUGCGCAGAGCCGCUUAUCUCAAUAUGACCCAGGAUCCUGGUCACCCAGCGAUGGCCUUGAACGCCCGUCUGGCCGAAGUGGAAUGCCUUGCCGAAAGUCACCAGCAUCUCUCCAAAGAAUCUCUGGCUGGAAACAAGCCCGCCAACACUGUGCUCCAUAAAGUCCUAAACCAGCUAGAAGAGCUCUUAAGUGACAUGAAAGCAGAUGUGACUCGGUUGCCCUCAACGUUGUCUCGCAUCCCACCAGUAGCAGCUCGUCUACAGAUGUCUGAAAGGAGCAUCUUAAGCCGACUGACAAACCGGGGAAGUGAUCCCACCAUCCAACAGACCUCUUUCGGCCCCUCCCAAGUUUACAGCAACAACUUUGGGCCAAACUUUCACGCGCCGGGAGCAGGAGGGAUUGUGAACUACAGCCAGAUGCCCCUGGGGCCUUACGUGACAGCAGCACCUACUGGCUGCCUCCAAGUCACCCUGAUAAAAAAUGCCCGAGUCCCUGAAUGUUGGUUCAACCUUGGUCUUGAAGGGUAG